AUGCCUCCGAAAACCGGCAAAGGGCGCAAGGUCACCACCGCCCCCUCGACCAAAGCCGCAGCAGCAGCAGGAGACGACGCCGCCGGUCCCUCGAAGAAAGCACCCACAACCACAUCCCCGACUGCCCGACGAGGGCGCAAGUCAACCGGAGGAGUAACCAAGGGGGGGAAGACACCAGCCAAGCGGGUAUCCGACGUUCAACCCGGAGACCCCACCCCCAAAGGCCGCCGCCACCGCUACAAGCCCGGCACCGUCGCGCUCAAAGAAAUCCGCAAAUACCAACGCUCCUUCGACCUCCUCAUCAGCAAGCUGCCCUUUGCGCGCCUCGUGCGCGAAGUCGCCAUGGACAUGCUUCCCGCCGAGAUGGCCCACGAGCUACGCUGGCAGUCGCAUGCCAUCCAGGCUCUGCAGGAAGCCGCCGAGGCUUUCCUCGUGCAUCUGUUCGAGGAUACGAAUCUUUGCGCGAUCCAUGCUAAGCGCGUUACGAUUAUGCAGAAGGAUAUUCAGCUGGCAAGGAGGAUUAGGGGGGCUUGGGCUGGGUUGGGUUGA